UGAAUUAGUGCUAAAAACUUUAUCUCCGACGAGGCCCGUUGUUUUUAAAAAUUCAUAAUAAAAUAAAGCAUGUAUAAUGUAACAUGAUACAUCGACAAAGUUUGUCCAGUUGCAUUUAGAAAUGCGUGACAAUGUAUAGUUGCUUUGAACUGACGUUUUUGAACUGUUUAUCACAAUUCAACCAAUCGAUAACGUCGCAAACGGGUGCGCAACAAGGAGAGCAAGAAUUAGCCACAAAAAUGCUGCAAAUACAAUCGAAACGAUUCUAUUUAGAUGUAAAGCAAAAUCGUCGUGGGCGUUUCAUUAAAGUUGCAGAGAUUGGUGCUGAUGGCAGGCGUAGUCAGGUUUACUUAGCCUUAUCAACUGCCGCUGAAUUUCGUGAUCACCUCUCAACUUUCAGUGAUUAUUAUGCCUCUUUGGGUAAGUAUUGCAUUUCUAUCAGAUAAUUAUUUAUUAAUUCACAGAACAUAAAUAUUGCAUACUAAAUAAAAUAAAUCGCGUAUUACUAAUUAAACUGAAUUAUGUUUACUAGUAAGUAUUUCAAAAUGGAAUUUAAUCUGGUCGGUUCGCCAAUAAAGCUCGAAAACACAAUAUUCAUUUACUUACUAAGCCUUUGAGCUAUAAGAAUAGCUUCAUACAAACUAUUUACAUGAGUAAUAACGAAGUCGUCGUAAGUAAUCAAAAAUGUCAAAAAAAUUAAAACGACAUAUUUGUAAUAUAAUAAAAUAUGUGAUAAUACACCCUUUCGAAACUGAAAAAGCCAAUUUGGAUAGAGCGAGAUGAGAAUUAACUCAUUUACCUGUUGACUGAAACGGCGUUAGGUUGCCGAAAGAGGGACAGCCCUUGGCCGAAUAAAAUCCCGGUCAACUCUGGUGCGUAGAACCGGCUGUCUUAAGAAACUCCCUCUCUUAUACACCCUUUAGAGACUGAAAAAGCCAAUAUGGACGGAGUAAAAUAAGAUCUGGGUCAACUCCGACAACUAAAGGAAACUUCCUGAUGUCUCCGGAGCAUCACUUGCGCAGUGAAGCAUGUAUGCUACGAGUUAA